GUGCAAUGGCCGUUGCCCUGGGUGCAGGAGCUGCCGGUGUGUUCAGCAACAGCAGUAUCCUCUGGCAACUGAUGCACAAGGCAGGUGCUACCACAGGAGACCGCGUGUGGCGGAUGCCCCUGUGGAAGCACUACUCCAGCCAAGUCACAGAUUGUCACUUGGCUGACAUAAACAACCAGGCUAAAAACAAGCCAGCUGGAGGCUCUUGCUCUGCUGCUGCAUUCCUCAAGGUACUGUGUCAGCUCUAGCAGUGAGAAAGUAUGUAGAACCAGGAGUCAGUCAGUGACCAACAAAGGAGGACAUUAGGGAAGAGAAAGAGUAUUUAAUAUAUGAUAAAAUGUAAUGGUUUUCAAUAAACAAUCCAUAACAAAUAAAUGAAACCAUUGUAAUGUGCACUAUGUGAACAGAAGUUUCAGUCUGUUGCUCUGAAUAUGAAAGACAGUUUUCAUUGUUUUUUGUUUUUUUGUUUCCCUCUCAUUGACGGGUAAACAUAAACCUAUCCACUCCACAGCCAGACAAUUUUUUGCAAGCUGAGAGUGGCUGUUAAGCCCCCCCCCCUCAACACACAGGAUUUAAGAAUGUAUUUUUUCUCAUCUUUUUAAAUCCUGUACAUGGCAGUGUGCUCAUCCUAGACCUCUCCUGCACACCAAGCAUUGACUUCAGAUUUAUUUUUAAAAUCAAGGGUUCUUUGAGGAAGGAUUUAUUUUGACUGUG